AUGGCUACACCAUACAUAGGUGCUAAAAUAGUAUUAAUCUCAAAAAGUCUUGUCAAAUAUGAAGGUAUUCUCUAUACAAUUGACCCAAAAGAUAAUACCUUGUCUUUAAAAAAUGUCAAAUCUUUCGGAACUGAAGGAAGAAGACAAGGUACACAAAUUCCACCAUCAACAGAAAUUUUUGAUUACAUUGUAUUCAAGAGUUCAGAUAUUAAUGAUCUCAAUAUAUGUGAUUAUCCAACCACCCCAACAGAUGACUCAAAAUUAACAACACCAAAGCCAACCAUCUCAACUAGUACAUCACCAUCAUCAACAACUAGCACUCCAAAUUUAACAACACCAGGUGGUAAAUCAACCUCAACUCCAUCAAAUGGAGUUGCAAACCAACCAACUCCAACUCAACCAACCCAACCAACCCUACCAACCCAACCACAACAACCAAUUCAACCACAACAACCAACUCAACAAUCAGUUCAACCACCACCACCACAACAACCAACCCAACCAAAUCCACAACAACAACACCAACAACAACACCAACAUCAACAACACCCACAACAACCAACAAUGAUGAAUGGUGGUAUGCCAAAUUUCCAACAAUAUGGAAACUAUUCAAAUCAACCACAAUAUGGCAAUUACCCACAAUUUAUGCCAGCCUAUGGUGGUAUGCCAAUGUAUAGUCCAUACAUGAACUAUUAUCCAUACGGUUAUGGUAUGCCACAAGGCCAACCAAUGAAUCAACCACCAUAUGGUGUUUAUAAACCACCAGCUGCUGUUCCAGUGACUCCACUUGCUAAUCAACAACCACAUCACCACCAACAACCAACCACUACUACUCCUACCACUACCCCUGCAACUUCCACUUCAACAUCAGCAGUUCCAACAACAACCCCAACAACAACAACUCCAGCCACAACAACAACAACUCCAACCCCAGCUACAACAACAACUCCAACUCCAGCUCAAGUAACCCCAGCUGUACCACAACCAACAACUUCAAAACCAGCCCCAGUUGUAGCAGCCCCAGUUGUAGCAACCCCAACUCCAGCCCCAGUCGUUGCAACCCCAACCCCAACUCCAACCCCAACUCCAGUUACACCAAAUCCAACUGUUAGAGUUGACCCAUCAAGUGGACCAGUUACAGCUGCUGCUGUUGUUGCCGCUGCUACAGGUAUUGCAGGUAUUCAAGGUACAACUACAUCUGCACCAAACACAAACACAACAAACAAUAACAAUAACAGCAACAACAACAACUACCAAAGAUUCAAUAACCAAAACAGAAAUAACACCAAUAAUACAAGAUAUCAAGGUAAUAAUACCAAUCAAAUCAGAACACCAAUUAAUGGUCAAACUCAAUUACAAAAUCAACAACAAAAUCAACAACAAAAUCAACAACAACAACAAAAUCAACAAUUUAGAAAGAAAUUCAAUAACAACAACAGCAUUAAUAAUAAUAAUCAAACCUUAUCUCAAAACAACAAUGUAUCAUCAACAAAUAACUUCCAACAAAGAGGUAACAACUAUAAAAAACAUCAUAAUCAACCAAAAACCACUAAGGAGUCUUUAGAAGAAUUUGAUUUUGAAUUAUCAAACUCUAAAUUUAGCAAGGAUAAAUUGGCUGAAGAAUUCACCACUACCACAACCACCACAGAAAUCACAAGCAACAGUAUCUCAAGUAGCAUUAGUAGUACCUCUGGUUUGAAUGAGGAUGAAAUUGACGAGUCUGCAAUCGAAGCCAUCACCGCCGGUAUCUCUCAUUUACCAACCUACUCACCAACUAGUUUCUUUGAUAGCAUUUCAUGUGAAGCUUUAGAUAAGGCAAACGAAGGUCAAGGUAAAUCAAAAUCACUCUAUGAACAAAGAAAAAUCGAUCAAGAAACCUUUGGUGUUUUAUCUGUUAGAUAUGGUAGAGGUGGUAGAGGUGGAAGAGGUGGUAGACAUAAUAAUAGUCACAGAUACUAUAAUAAUAAUAAUAACAACAACAAUAGUAACACUACCCAAAACAAAACAAACGCUUUCCAACAACAAAAAACUCAAUAA